UCUCCAUCAUCAUCUGCAGGAAAAUGCGAGCGGGGAGCGGUAACAAAAUGUCAACCCGCGCCGCUCUCCCUCACUCGCAGACAUGAGCGCAGUCCCGCCUGCCUCUUCCAGCCGCAACAAGUCGCUCUCACCAUGCGCAUCCACGGCAAAGUAGUUGUGAUCGCCGUGUGCUUCGGAGUUUUCCUACUUUUGUACUUUUUGGGGGGCAACGCCGCCGACGAUCCGCUGUUGAAAGAAGUUGUUGAGGAGGAGGAGGAGGAGGACGGCAACUCUUCCCCGUCGCCCCCGGUGCUCGGACGCGAUGUUGCAGCAAAGUUUGCGAAGAAGCCCCCAGUCGGAGUCGUCGCGCGCGCGGAGGAGGUCCUCAAGAGACGAAAAGAGGGGCCGGCGAUCAACAGAGGGGCCAGCGAGAACGCAAAGAGUAAACCGCGGAGCCGUGUGGCCCGACCCGUGGCCAAGCGCACGCGGGCCGAGGAGGUCAUGCACCUGGCUGUGGUGGCCUGUGGGAAUCGUCUGGACGAGACCCUCGCCAUGGUCAAAUCGGCCGUCCUGUUCAGCCUCAAGAGGAUCACGUUUCACAUUUUUGCCGAGGACCCUUUGGCCCCCCAGUUUGAAGAACGGCUGAACCAGUGGCCUCGCUCCAUCUCAGCCAAGUUCCAGUACAGCAUCUACCCCAUCACCUUCUCUGUGGGGAACGCCGACGAGUGGAAGAAGCUGUUCAAGCCCUGUGCCGCUCAGAGACUCUUCCUCCCUGUCAUCCUAAAAGACGUGGAUUCGUUACUGUACGUAGACACGGAUGUGCUGUUCCUGCGGCCCAUGGAUGAUAUCUGGAGUCUCCUCAAGUCCUUUAACAGCACCCAGCUGGCAGCAAUGGCCCCAGAGCACGAGGUCCCAAAGAUUGGCUGGUACAGCCGCUUUGCACGCCACCCUUUCUAUGGAGUCACAGGGGUCAACUCUGGUGUCAUGCUGAUGAAUCUCACGAGGAUCCGCAGCACAAUGUUCAAGAACAGUAUGAUCCCCAGUGGCCUGUCAUGGGAGGAUCUUCUGCAUCCACUCUAUCAGAAGUACAAGAACCACAUCACCUGGGGAGACCAGGACCUCCUCAAUAUUAUCUUCCACUAUAACCCAGAGUGUCUCUUCAUCUUUCCCUGCCAGUGGAACUACAGGCCAGAUCACUGUAUGUACGGGAGUAACUGUAAAGGGGCUGAAGAGGAGGGCGUCUCCAUCCUCCACGGCAACCGUGGAGUGUACCAUGACGAUAAGCAGCCGGCGUUUAAAGUCGUCUAUGAUGCAAUACGUGAUUUUCCCUUCGAGGACAACAUGUUCCAGUCGCUGUUCUACCCGAUCCAGACCAAGUUCCUGGACACGGUCAACACGCUCUGUGGUCGGAUUCCUCAAGUCUUCCUCAAGCAGAUAGAAAAGACCAUGAGGAAGGUGUUUGAGGAGAAAGUGGUCCGACACGUCAGGCCGCACAAAUAACUGACGGAGACAUUGACUCCCGGUUUAUCUGACAACACAGCGGACCAUCCCGCUGUGGAUUACGUGUCUUACCAGCAUCUCUCGGACUGAACUGUCGGCUCUGCGUUUGCAGUACUUCAACAUGCUACACUUGCUGGAGCAGUCUCAUGAACACGAUGGUCAUCUCGUGAUGGGAUGGGUAACAGGCCUAUGUAUACAGAGGAGCAUACAGUGCUGGUCAGUGAUGCCGUAGAAUAGGUUUGCCUUAUUGCCGUCUUAGACCUUUCACAUCCCAGCCGUGUACGGUGGGGACAAUGAGGGAAAAAAACGACUGCAUGAAUUCUUUUUAUGUCAAGAAUUAUGAAAAUAUCAGCUCUUCAUCUCGAGUGUGGGUCAAAAGCAAAAUCGAAGGCAUCUUAGUGUCAACGGCGCGUUUAAGAAACAUAUCUACCUUCUUUAUUGUUGCUCAUGAACAUGAUAUAUACACUAAACAAAGUCACCUUUGGACUUUGAAAGGCUCUACUGCUUGAGGUAGUAGAUUCAUAAACCACUCUUCUAAAAUCAUGUGAAUGAUUUACAACUGAACUGUGAGUCUGUGUGAAUGAGAAGAGUUGCCAGUUCUUGGCCUGUUCUGCGGCUGCCAAAUGCCACUGACAGUAUUAAAUCCAGCACAACGGAGGAAAUACGGACUUUGACUUCACGUACCGAAUGUUAAAAUGCACUUUCAGAAUGAUAUUAGGACUGGUUGGUUGUUUGUAGACGACAUGUCCGACAUUAGAUGCUACGCUGUCCGAGCGAAUCAAAACCAAAAGUGCUAGCGUUUGAAGCCAGUGACAUGCUACAGCUGAAUAUGUGCCAUAUGAAUAUCCACGUCUGCCAUGUUUACUAUUACAAGAAAAGUCGUGUGUGUUUGAGACGGUAUCAUGGCUUGUAAUAUGAUGUAUGGUCUGUUGUGAACACGUGUCAUAUGUUUUAGCAGCACUACAUUCAACGUGGUGUCAUGAUUUAAAUAUAUCAUUCAAACUGGAAACUGGAAAUGGCUCCACGGUCAUGUACAUGUGUUUCUAAAUAAAGCGAUGC